AUGAACUCGAAAUAUAUUCAAAUAAUCGCAAUUUUUACGAUUUUACAUGCUAUUUUUGUAUACGCAGACGUUGAAACUCUAAAAUCAUCGCUAUCAGACGAACUAGAUCCUCUUCAGGACACCGAAAACUCAGAAGAAAUAAUAAAAGAGCAAGAAAAGAGAACUAUCUUCAAACCGCUUAUUAAAAACGUCGCUUGGGUUAAACAUAAACCAGUGAAAUAUGUAUUAGGCUAUGGACCGCCUGAGGUGAAAAUAAAACCAGUUUUAAGACCAGUAGCUAUAAAGCACUUAGGAUAUCACUAUAACAAACCAAAAAUUCACUUCCAUCUAAAAAGACCUAUUGUUCACAUUCCCCACCUCAGACCUGUUUUAGAACCUGAGUGGAAACCUAUUAUUAAACCAGUUGCCUCUUUAGUUAAACCGGUACAUAUUAUUAAACCAGUUAAACCUGUACAUGUAGAACAUAUUCACGCCGUGAAGCCAGUACAUCAUGUACACGUUGAGCCCGUUCAUGCAGAUCAUUUGCACUUAAAUCCUGUGCCUCACAUAGACCACCUUCACCGAGAACCUGUCGUGCAAGUUGAGCACAUACAACCAGUUCAUGUAACGGAUCAUGUUCAUCAUGUUACUACUGGUCACGUAAACCACCUUCACCAUAUAGCUGCACCUCACCUACACGCAGUACACCCAGGUGUUGUACCUGCUCCAUUUGUUCCUUCAGCACAAUUGUUCGAAGUCACCAAACCUGAUCUGGGCGUUCUACCGUUGGGAGCAGCUUUUCCAACAACUGCUUUAAAGGAAAUACCUGCACCUCAGCUAGUGCCUCAUCCAGUUUUGCCUGUUCCAAAUCCAGUUCAUGUUCAUCCGUUCUUGCCUCUUCCCGCACCUGUUCCUGUAGUUCCAUCGCCAGUUCCUAUUGCGCCAGCACCAGUACAUAUCGCACCAGUUCAACAUGUACAUCCUGUGGGAAGUGUACAUCCAGCGCAUCUUCCAGUAACUCACCUUCAUCCUGUUGAUCAUGUGCAUCCUGUAGGACAUAUUCAUACAGCUGAACCGGUUCCUGAACAUAUUCAUGCAGGAAAUCAUCCUUAUCCUGUAGAACAUGUUCAUCCGCUAGCCCACUUACAUCAAGAUCAUCUUCAUGUAGGACAGCUUCAUCAAGAUCAUCUUCAUGUAGGUCAGCUUCACCAAGAUCAUCUUCAUGUAGGUCAGUUUCAUCAAGAUCAUGCCCAAGCUGUUGGUCACCAGGACCAUGUACACUUAGGUCAUGUACAUUUAGGUCAGUUGCAUCAAGAUCAUACCCAUGCUGUUCACCCAGAACAUGUACACUUAGGUCAACUACAUCAAGAUCACGUGCAUCCCGUUGGUCACUUACACCAAGACAUUCAUUUAGGUCAAAUACAUCAAGACCACAUUCAUCCUUUAGCUCAUUUGCAUCCCCAACCAGGAGUUCAAGUAGAUUAUCAUGGAACACAUAUUCUAAACUCUUUAGGCCCCGAACAACCCCCAACCCAGCAUUUGCUUCCGAAUCAUUACCAUUUGCAAUACCCACAAAUACCCCAACACCAGGCUCCUAACCACGAAGUGCCUUUGGAAGGACAACCAAAUUAUGCCGAUGGAAGUCAAAAUGGUUAUAAUCAACAAGUACCACAAGGCCAGGGUCAACCUCAGUUCAAUGGCUAUCCUAAUCAAUUCCAACAAGAUACUCCUAAUAUACAAGACCAUUACCCAAACCCCCAAGAAGACAACAGGUAUCAACUGGCGCAUCAAGUUAGCAGUCAACAGUUCUUUAGAGAAGGGCAGUUUCAAAUAGGUAAUCAAAAUGAAGACCAAGGUUACUCCUACCCUCAACCAGCUGGCCGUUUCAUCCAGCCAGGUCAAACUGACGUCCAGUUUCCGUUACAUCUACCAAACCAUCCGGGUUUCAACAGAGGAUAUGAACAGGACAAUCAGCAGGAAGCUUCACAGCAACACGAAAGAGCAUUCAAGCCAUCUAUCCAGUUAGAACCACCGUUUAAAAAGUAA